AUGACGGCACGCUCUGGAGGAGACUUGGGCUCCAAAGCGCUGAGAAUCAGUGCCUCGACCCGCUACUUGACCGCAGCUACGGCCGCCGACGACAGCACUACGUUCGGUAGCGGCGCAUCGCCAUCUUCCCACCCUGUCCACCGUAUCCAUCCACCUUGUCCUGUGACCUCACACUCGGGUCUCUUUUAUUUUCCCUUCCCGGGCAAGGCAUUCCGUCACCCCGUGCCAGAUUUGUCGCGGGAUAGGGUCCCGAAAAGCCUCAGUCACGGCUCGCCUCUGAAGUUUGAACUUCGCUUUGCCGGCUCAGCCCGCGCCGGCACACGAGUCGGCCUACGAAUUUUGUCUUCGCUCAGCCAGCUCUGCGCCAAAUUGCACCGAGCCUCAGCCCCUUCCCUACGCCGCUGGUCAGAGACAUUUACCAGUGCACACGCUCGUCUGAUCCUGAGCAGAGGGACAAUCAGCCACAAUGGAUAUCGAGGUAUCAUCCGCAGAGUCCAGAGAACAGCAGACGAACAUGAUGAAGUUUGCCCUCAGCAAUCGACACGGCCCAGCCGCUGA